AUGGCAAUGGUAACUGAUCAUGAACGUCGUAAGCAAAUCAGCGUACGUGGAAUUGCUCAAGUGGAAAAUGUUACAAACAUAAAAAAUUCAUUUAACCGUCAUCUUCACUUCUCCAUCAUCAAGGAUCGAAAUGUAGCAACACCUCGAGAUUAUUACUUUGCUCUGGCAAAUACUGUCAGAGAUCAUUUAGUGAGCCGAUGGAUUCGUACGCAACAAUAUUACUACGACAAAGACCCAAAACGUGUCUACUACUUGUCGUUGGAAUUUUAUAUGGGUCGAACGCUAUCCAACACGAUGAUGAAUAUCGGUAUUCAAGCAGCUAUCGAUGAAGCUUUAUAUCAGCUUGGUCUUGAUGUGGAAGAACUACAAGAAAUCGAAGAAGAUGCUGGUCUUGGAAAUGGUGGUCUUGGUCGCUUGGCAGCAUGUUUCCUUGAUUCAAUGGCUACUUUGGGUAUUGCUGCUUAUGGAUAUGGUUUGCGCUACGAAUAUGGUAUUUUCAAGCAACUCAUUCAGGAUGGUUGGCAAGUUGAAGAACCAGAUGAUUGGUUACGAUUUGGUAAUCCAUGGGAGAAAUCUCGUCCGGAAUAUAUGCUACCGGUCAAUUUUUAUGGAAAAGUUGAGAAAGAUGCAAAUGGCAAAAAUAAAUGGGUCAAUACACAAUUGGUGUUUGCAAUGCCAUAUGAUACACCUGUUCCUGGUUUUCGGAAUAAUGUUGUAAACAGCUUGCGUUUGUGGUCAGCGAAAGCAGAAAAUAAAUUCCAGUUGAAGUUCUUCAAUGAUGGUGAUUAUGUGCAAGCAGUGAUGGACCGUAACAUCUCCGAGAAUAUUACUCGUGUCUUGUAUCCCAAUGAUAAUGUUUUCAUUGGCAAGGAACUCCGUCUAAAGCAACAGUAUUUCCUGGUAGCAGCCACCUUGCAGGAUAUCAUCAGGCGUUUCAAAUCAAGCAAAUACGGUUGUCGUGAUGCUGUUAGAUCAAGUCUGGACAGUUUUCCUGAAAAGGUGAUUAUGAUUAAAUUAUACUACGGAAAUGGUCUGAUGUCGCUUCCAUCUGAUAUUUUUGAUCGCAAGAGAUUGCCAUUCAACAAAGCUUUCGAUAUCUGCGUAAAAACAUUUGCAUACACAAACCAUACGCUUUUGCCAGAAGCUCUUGAACGAUGGCCAGUAUCAUUGCUUGGAAAUUUACUGCCGAGACACUUGGAAAUCAUAUACCAAAUUAAUCAAGUUUUCAUGGACGCAAUAGCUGCACGAUAUCCAGGGGAUUUCAGUCGUAUGCGUCGUAUGUCAAUUGUGGAAGAAGAGGAUGCUUUUGGUGAGAAACGAAUUAACAUGGCACACUUAUGUAUCGUUGGCUCACAUGCAAUCAACGGUGUUGCUGCUUUACAUUCGGAUUUGCUGAAAAAAACCGUAUUCAAAGAUUUCUAUGAGUUUUUCCCAGAUCGAUUUCAAAACAAAACCAAUGGCAUAACACCUCGACGUUGGCUUCUGUUAUCAAAUCCAUCUCUUGCUGAUGUUAUCUGUGAGAAAAUCGGGGAAGACUGGAUUACGGAUCUUGACAAAUUGCAAGAACUAAAGAAAUUUGCUGGCGAUUUAGGCUUUUUGGAUUCGAUCCGCCGAGUGAAGCAAGAAAAUAAAAUGCGUUUGGCGCAAUAUCUGGAAGACAAAUAUAAUGUUAAAAUCAAUCCGUCCAGUAUUUUUGAUAUUCACGUUAAGCGAAUCCACGAAUAUAAGCGCCAACUGUUGAACGUAUUGCAUGUUAUCACACUUUAUAAUCGUAUUAAAGCUGAUCCAAAUGCAAAUAUUGUUCCGCGUACUGUAAUAUUUGGAGGAAAGGCAGCACCAGGAUAUCAUAUGGCGAAGCAAAUUAUCAAACUAAUCGGCUGUGUUGCAGAUAUAAUAAAUUAUGAUACAAUUGUUGGGGAUAAACUGAAGGUGAUAUUUUUGGAAAAUUAUCGCGUUUCAUUAGCAGAAAAAAUUAUUCCAGCUGCAGAUCUUAGUGAACAGAUCUCAACUGCUGGCACGGAAGCUAGUGGAACGGGUAACAUGAAAUUCAUGUUGAACGGUGCGCUAACCAUUGGUACACUUGAUGGUGCUAAUAUAGAAAUGAUGGAAGAAAUGGGUCGUGAAAAUAUUUUCAUCUUCGGUAUGGAAGUUGAUGAUGUCACUGAACUUAAUAAAAGAGGUUACAAUCCAGAAGAUUUCAUUAAGAGAAACCCACAGCUUGCAAAAAUCGUCGAGCAAAUUGAGAGUGGUUUCUUCACUCCUGAUCAGCCUGAUUUACUGCGCGAUGUUGCGAUGGCGUUGAGGAAAUGGGAUCGUUUUAUGGUGUGUGCUGAUUAUGAUGCAUUCAUCAACUGUCAGCUAAAAGUGGAAGAAACUUAUCAGGAUACGGAUAAAUGGACAAGGAUGGCCUUAAUGAACAUUGCAAGUAGCGGCAAAUUCAGUACGGACCGUACAAUUGCAGAAUAUGCUCGGGAAAUUUGGGACGUGGUACCAGGCGAACUUAAAUUGCCGGCACCAUUCGAAUCUGAACAACAGCAGCAGAAUAGCAAAUAA